UAAUCUCUUCUCUCCCCUCGCUCGUCAAGGCAAUCAUCAAAUGGUCUGCUCGAUUCCAGGCGGUUGAUCCCUUCGUGAUCGCGUCUGUCUACUUUCAGUACAGCAUCUUCAUCCCUCCCUCUUUCCCCUCUCCCCUUUCUCUACCCCUCUCAGGCUUCAGACAUGCCUCCUCCGCCGCCACCACCGCCGCCGCCGCCCGGCGCAAUGGGAGGCCCUCCUCCUCCUCCGCCUCCCGGAGGCUUACCCAACCGACCCUCAAAAGGCGAGGUUAAGGACCGAGGCGCACUCCUCUCAGAUAUCAACAAAGGCACCCGAUUGAAGAAGACCGUGACCAAUGAUCGAUCAGCCCCGGUUGUUGGAGGUGGAGGCGCGAAGUCCUCUGGGCCUCCCAUCGGGGGAGCACCGCCUGUUCCUGUCAUGGCGAAGCCUCCAGGUGGUCUUGCGCCGCCGGUGCCUCCGGCCGGAGCCGCGAAUAGACUCCGCAGCAACAGCGAAACCGGCUCAGGGGGUGGUGAUAGUAGCGCAGCAUCUGCCCCGGCAGUGCCUCAGCUCGGUGGCCUCUUUGCCGGGGGUAUGCCAAAGUUACGCAGUCGAGGCGGCGGAGUGGACACCGGGGCGAACCGAGACUCGCCGUAUCGAGGGGAAAACGAUGCCCCCAGACCUCCCGUUGCGUCUGCUCCAAAACCCCCAGGUGCCCGGCCGCCGCCUCCUCCGCCGUCUUCUGAAUCGCCCCCUGCACCUCCCGUCAAUCCAUUGGUCAACAAUCUGCGAAAGCCGCCUCCAAGACCCGUGUCGCGACCAUCAUCGACCGUUUCAACCCAAUCCGGCAAAUCCGCCCCGGAUGCACCACCUCCCCGGGCACCUCCUCCAUUGCCGGGCGCAGCGAAACAACCUCCGCCACCUCCUGUGUCCCUGAGGAAACCGUCCGCUCCGGCACCACCGCCGCCACCACCUCCUUCGACCAGUCCCGCUGCACCUCCUCCGCCGCCGCCCACGGCCAGACCUCCACCCCCGGCGCCGGCCAGAUCCACUCCUCCUCCACCCCCAGCUCCUCCAGCAUCUGCGCCGCCCCCGCCUAGCGGCGCAGGCGCUGCCUCGAUCGCAGUCCAAGCCGCAAGGAACGCGCUUGGACAUAGCCCGCAGACUCCAUCGGCUCCGCCACCACCGCCACCGGCAGCGUCCGCUCCGUCAGCACCUCCCCCUCCUCCUCCCUCUGCUCCUCCCACCGCGCCGCCAAGCGAACCGCUCUCGCGUCCGUCGUCGUACGAGCCCCAGGCAGCUUCUCUGGAUCCGAGCGCUUACACCCUCAGCAACGGCGGGCCGUCACCGGGAUCAAGCCCUCGGAACGCAGGCGUGCAAGGAAUGAUCCCGGUCGACGACAAUCGAUUCAAGUUCCAACUCGAAGGAUUGUUUCCCAAACCCCGACCGUUCACGGGAGGCAUCCGGCGGUAUCGGGCUGGGCGGGGCAGCAGCGUGCCCUUGGAUUUGAGCGCCUUGAGUGGCUAAAACCGACAUUGCACGACCGGGGUUCCUUGAUCUGCGGGCAUGCAUCUAGAUAGUCGGUCUGACGCAUCGCUUGCAUAUUGUUAUUACCAUGAUAGCUAGUAAGCACUAGGAACGAAGCUGCGAC